CGUCCGCCACUGGGAACUCGUGGUGGUGACCUCUUAUAAAGGGAACCCACGCGAGAGAGCAGGCUGCAUACCACGGAGACGCGUCGCGCGUGCAACUGAAGUCGGCUGUCGCGAGCAAAGGGGAAUCACGAGACAACCGCGCGCGCGCGCGCGAGAUCGCCUGCGUAAGGAGCCAUUCAUGCGGUCGUACGACACCGUCGAGGAUCGCCGCGACGACGACAACAAGGAAUUUCGUUGAUCGACGCGAUGACGUAGACACGGCUGGUGUCCCUCUCUCGGUGUCUCUCCGUCGGUGUGCGUCUACGAUGCGCGGUGGAUCAUCGCGUCGCAAGCGCGCGUGCAGGCGUAUAACAGUGCGUGGCGACUGCGUGUUGUACGCUCUCGGUGAAAGCUCUCGGCGGAAUUCCUCCCGGUGAACUCCUCUCGGCGAUCGGCGGUGAAAUGGUGCGAGCCCGCUCCGAGCAACCGCUCCGCCGUUGAUCAUCGGAUCGACAGUCGUCUAACCGUCGUCGUUGAUCGUCCCCGGGUGGAAGGAAGCUGACAGCGGACGGUCGCGCGAAGAGUCGAAUCUCUCAGGAGGCGCAUCUCGUCUCAGGUCAGUCCCGAGUCGGCCCAGGCGUGGACCCAACGCGCUGACGUCGCUCGUCCCAGCCGGUUGGCAACCGUCGCUGGCUACCUGCUCUUUUCGACCUGCCGAACCGGCCGGACGUAAUUAUGCUCUCGUGGACGACUUCGUCGGGCUCUACCUGUGCACGGUGAUCUCCGAGCCGUUAUCUGAACGGUCACACGCCGCACAAUCGGCGAUAAGCCGUAAUUGGGAUUCGGGAAGGACCCGCGUGGGAGAGACAAUCGCGAGAAUGGCGCUGGCGAAGAUCCGGAGUUUCAUCGACAACAGUCUGAAGACGGUCUCCACGCCGUUGGACCGCACGGUGAACUUGGAGCCGGAAGUCGGCAUCAGGAUCGUGCACUCGUCGAACGAGAAGGCGCUCCACGUCACCGUGCUCGGCGCCAGGCACUUGCCACAGAACUUCGGCUUCACUAGAGUCAACAGCUACGUCGUAAAGGUGAAGCUAAUCCCCGGCAAGGAGAAGUUCGAGACCACUUCGAAGAACGAGUCCUGGCCACAGUGGAACGAGGAAUUUAUCUUUCCCUUGCGCAAGGAGACCAAGCAGAAGUUCGGCAAGUCGAAGGUGGUCGAGGAGGAAAUCAACGGGUCGAGAUUCAUCGUCGCGACCCUCUACGCGGUCCUCGAGGACAAGCCUCUGAUUGCGACCGACAAGAAGGACUCGGAGAAAGGCUCGCCCACUAAAGGAGGAGAGUCGCCGAAGAAGGCUGGCAAGAAGAAGGAGGGCCAGAGCGGCUCGUCCGAGAACCAAGAGUCCACCACCAAGAACAAGCUGCUCAGCCAGUUCUUCGGCAAAGGUCCCGACAAAAUUGCGGAGCCAGCAGCCGCGGAGAGGAAAGUCUACGACAAGAGGCGAACCGUGGGCGCUACGACGAUCCCGCUCGACUCGAAGAACUUCGUCACCAAGCCGCCCAAGUCCAAGCACACCAGCGACGUGUCUACGGGAGACUUGUGGAAACCGCUGCGACCGAUCGCGAGUGGCAUCAUCGGCGCCGAGGAUAGGAAAGAGAGCAAGAAGGGCCAAGUCGAACUGUCGCUGUGCCUGGCGAAGGGCGAGAAAGAAGAGGACAGCGACGGGCAGCUGAUAUUGUCUCUGAAUCGUCUGAGAUGUUCACUUCAGACGAUGCACGAGCACGAGGGUCUGAAAGGGCAGAUGUAUCUGAAGAUGUCGGUCGUCGACGGCGGACGAGUCACGCACUUUUGGAAGAGUGACCGCUUCGCACCGACGGUAUCCACCAAGUUUUCGCCAGAGACGGCGAGAGUGAUCGCCGACAAUCCGUACAAGGGUGCGCUCAACGACGUGAGCUUCGUCGUGAAGUUCGUCUCGAAGAAUAAGAUGGGCAAAAAAACUCCCGUGGGUCACUUCGUGAUCGGGCCCGACGUCGGCGGCACUUACGGCGAGCAGUGGAGACAAGCCUUAGCGAAACCGGGCCAGCAGAUAACCAAGUGGCAGGCGUUUGAAUAAAAAUAAGUCGCGCGACGAGUUCGGUAACUUAUUCGAUACUCGGUGAAUGCGCAGCCGUUGUGUCAUGCGACGUACUUUCCCCUCGAAGACAUCGAAAGACUCCCCUCCCCCCCCCCCCCCNAGCGGAAAAUGAGAACGCUAUAGGCGCGCCAUAAAUAUUUAAGGCACUGAUCGAUAAAGCUAUUCCAAAGAAUACCAUAGACACUGGUCGCGAAUACGCGACCUCUUCCCAUCCGGAACGUCGUCGGACGUCGUAUUGCAUCUUGCCUUGCGCUGCGCACGUUUAUAACACACGUGGCGCGUCCGCGUUUGUCGCCAUUAUACCGUAAGGGAACAUUCAUUUUCUACACUGAAAAAGAAAAGCGUUCUUGCAUCGACGGAAUCGGCCGACAGCGCCGUGAUUGGAAAUCUUUUCGAUUCAACGGAACGAUGUAUUGCUGAAACUGACACUCUCGAGUUAUUAAAACAACGUAUGAUGCAUUGCUUUUCAUGAUGUUGCUGUUGAAUCUACGAAAAAAAUUGUUCCAAUUGCGACGCUGUUGAUCAAUUGUAUUGAUGAUGUAACAAUUUUUCCCGUGUAUAAAGACGCUACCCGUAAGUUUCCACCGCACGGAUUCAUGCAGGCACGAAUCCUUCACCGAUAUUAUCGACCGUCCUUGAUUCCACGAGGAGGAGAGAGAGACUCGGUACGACUUCUACCCCGAAUUCGAUCGAUGUAACCGUCCGUAAAGUAAUAAGAGUUAUCGCCGUUAAAGUAAUAAUGUUAUACGUUGCGAGGAAUGCGAAGGAAUGCGGUAACGAACGACGCUACGAGUAUAACAUAUCAUACUUGGUAAGAACGCGCGGAAACAGUGAGCUCGCUACGUUGAUUUAUAGUAUUAAUUAAUACUUUUUGUUACGUGGAAAUAAUGUAAUUUUAACGGAGACUAAUACGAGAAAGAGGACCAUGUAAGAGCGUGCCGUCGUCUGUGAAACGUGUCUUCAAAUCUGAUAUUUUUAUCCUUAGCGACGACGAGACGAGUAAAUUGGACUUAUGAAUGUACAUUAUUGGAGUUAUGAAUGUACAUUAUAACAAAUGCUCACUUGUAUUAUAGCGCUUUGGCGAUCACGAACGAAGCGAGUGCACAUUAAUAUUCGGAGAUCGAUUUUAAACAGAGGAUUUGAAAGCCAUUUCUCAGAUUGUGAUAAAUCGAAAUAUUUUUUCUAUUGAUUAUCGUUUGUAUCAUUAUUUAGUAACGCAAGUAUUUUAACGUGAAUGUUAAGAUAACGUUGUAAUCGUCCCCGUCCCCCACGAAACAUAUCUUUAUAAUUGAAGCGUAUAAAGGUAUGUGUUAAAUGUUAGCGUUAGUAUGUUAAACAAUGUUUCAACAGCUCAACACGAGGACGCGUAAAACCAAGAUUAGAGAACUUUAAAGGUUCUUGCGUGAUUGAGCAUUAUAAUCCUAUAAUCCUAACAUUAAUUAAUUCGAUAUUUCUCCUAUGAAUGUGUUUCUUUUAAUAACAUAAUGCGUCGACAGUAUUUUAAUGAAUGUCCGUAACUGCUGACACCAAAAAGUAUACAGAUACACGAUACAGAUAAUUUCGCACAAAUGUAUGUAAAAACAUGUUUUUACUCACUCUUCUCUAUUCUACGUGUAAAAGAAGAAGUAACGUUAUUUAUAAAUAUAUAUUCUAAUAUAAC